CUCGUCGUCGGUGCACGGCAAGAUCGGUCGGCAUGGGCUUGGUGUUCGACGCCAGGGUGCUGAGCCGGGAGGAGAGCAUCCCGGCGCAGUUCGUGUGGCCCGCGGAGGAGGCGCCGGCCGCCACCGGCGGCGCCGGCGCAAUGGAGGAGAUUGCCAUACCGGCGGUGGAUCUUGGUGAGUUCCUGCGCGGCGGCGGUGCCGUCCCGCGCAGCGUGGCCGAGGCGUGCGAGCGGCACGGGUUCUUCUUGGUGGUGAACCACAGCGUGGACCCGGCGCUGCUCGCCGAGGCGUACCGCUGCCUCGACGCCUUCUACGCGCGACCGCUCGUCGAGAAGCAGCGCGCGCAGCGCCGCCCCGGGGAGAACCACGGGUACGCCAGCAGCUUCACGGGCCGGUUCGACUGCAAGCUGCCGUGGAAGGAGACGCUGUCGUUCAACUGCUCUGCCGCGUCGGGGAGCGAGCGCGCGGUCGCUGACUACUUCGUCGCCGUCCUCGGCGAGGAGUACCGCUACAUGGGGGAAGUGUACCAGAAGUAUUGCGACGUGAUGACGCGCCUGGCGCUGGACAUCACGGAGGUGCUCGCGGCGGCACUGGGCCUCCCGGAUCGCUGCGUGCUGCGCGGCUUCUUCGCCGACGGCGACUCCGUGAUGCGGCUGAACCACUACCCGCCGUGCCGGCAGCCGCACCUGACGCUGGGGACCGGCCCGCACCGCGACCCGACGUCGCUGACGUUGCUGCACCAGGACAACGUCGGCGGGCUGCAGGUGUUCACCGACGGCGCGUGGCGCGCCGUGCGGCCCCUCGCGGACGCGUUCGUCGUCAACAUCGGCGACACCUUCGCCGCGCUCACCGACGGGCGCCACGCCAGCUGCCUCCACCGCGCCGUAGUGAACAGCGCCGCCGCGCGCAGGUCGCUCACCUUCUUCCUCAACCCACAGCUGGACCGCGUCGUCCGCCCGCCGGACGCGCUCGCCGGCGCCGAACGCCCGCGCGCGUACCCCGACUUCACGUGGCGCGAGUUCCUCGAGUUCACGCAGAAGCACUACCGGUCGGACGCGAGCACCAUGGACGCCUUCGUGUCGUGGAUCAUGGCAGGCCGGGGCAAUGGCGACGGCCAUAGCGGACAGGAGGAGAAGUGAUUGAUCUCUAGCUCAUAUGCAGUAAUGGUGGUGCAUCCAUGGACGCAGGAAUUGGUCGCCUAGCUAGAUGCAUAGCUCUUCAUGGAUGCAUGUAAUGGAUAUGGAACAAACUGUGC